UCUUUUGCCGCAACUGCAUAUUGCUUGUAGGGAUGCGAACGAUACAUCGAUAUUUAGAAAACAUCGAUGUUUUGUUCAUAAACAUCGAUGUUAACAUUGAUGUUUUUAUAAACGAUACAUCGGCGUCAAAACCAAAAAACAUCGACAUCGUUCUUUUAAUAUGUGCCUGUGCUUUUUUUCCAAUUGAUAAAAAAACUAAAAUAUAAUAGUCUUCCACUUUUUAACAGUGUGAUUCGAAUAUAUUUUAAACUAAACAUUUUAGAAUUUUACAAAAAAUAUUUGAAUUACGUGUAUUCACCCUGUUUUAUAUUUUUUUCAAAAUUUUUUAUAGAUUUAAAAACAACAGAACACGGAAUGUUCUGCUGAUGUUUAAAGCGUGUUUGUGUGGCAUCACUGUCAUCGUUUUUUUUAAUAAAUAAUUUCUGUUGAUUAUUUUUUACAUUCUUGUAAAGUUUUGCCAUAAGGUGCUGCCGCAUACUUAGACAAAUUUAGCAGUUAAUGUAUUACUAACACAAUGCCACCAAAUAAAUUGAAAAGUAAAAUUUGGACUUAUUUUAAUAAAGCUGGGGAUAAAGAAGCUGUCUGCAAGAUAUGUAACAAAACCCUAAAAACUUCAGGCAAUACGAGUAACCUUGUGGUCAUUUAGAAAACGUUCAUUCGCAGCAACUGGCAGAUGAAGAUGUAAAAAGCAAGAAGGCUAAAACAGCUCAGCCAGCGUUGAAAAAAGUGCUUCAUCACAAAUUUCACUUGGUAGUACUGCGUUAACCAUUGCUGCUGUCAAUUCCAAAAAACCAAAACAACCAAAUGUUGAUGACUUCAUCAGAAAUAUGAAAAGUAUAGCCACGCAGGAUGGAGCUUAAUCAAAGAAAAUAACUGAAGCUGUUGUGAAUUUUAUAAUCAUGGACAAUAAGCCAUUUGCCACAGUAGAGGGUAAAGGCUUUUUGCAGCUAAUGAAGGAAGUUUGCCCAUUGUAUAAAGUGCCAAGUCGAGAAACAAUAAAAUCUAGGAUUGAUACAAAAUAUGAGGUUAUGAGCAAUAUUUUUAAAUCAUUUAUAAAUAAUGCAGAAAGUUAUUGUAUCACCUAUGAUAUUUGGACAGAAACAAUGCAGAAUAAAUCAUUCGUAGGUGUUACCAUACACUUUUUGGACAAACUAAAACUCCUCAGCGGUACGUUAGGUGUUUUUGAAUUAACAGAAAGUCACACAUCAGCGUACAUAAAGGAGAAACUUAAAGAAAUUUUCGCCGAGUGGCAUAUUUCUGUUCCCAAGAUUUCAGCUGUAAUCACAGAUAAUGAUAGCACUGUAAUGAAAGUUAAUAGAGAAAUAUUUGGUGAAAAGAAAAUUAUUCCUUGCUUUGCUCAUACCAUCAACUUAGUUGUAACUAAAUCCAUUGACAAUGCAACAGACUGCACGGAAUUAAUCAGCAAAGUUCGAAAUAUAAUAAAAUUCAUUAAAAGAAGCGUCAAUGCAAGUGAUGAGUUGAGGAAAAGACAAGUAAAUAUGGGAUUAAAAGAAGGACAAAUAAAAAAGAUGAUCCUUGAUGUUCGCAGAUGGAAUUCUUGCUUUUAUAUGCUACAGCGGUUCAUAGAAUUAGUGUCAAUUAUAGGAGCAAUACUGUUGAAUCGGCCGGAAGCUCCCCCAAUGAUUUUAAGUAGCGAAAUAGACUGCAUAAAAGAAAUGAUAGAAAUUCUGAGCCCAUUUGAGAAACUAACAAAGGAAAUUUCUGGAGAUAGCUACGUAACCGUGAGUAAAGUUAUUCCGCUAGUAAGCUGUGUCUGGGAAGUAAUAGAAAAUAUGAAACCAAAAAAUGAAAUGAUUUCCCAAUUUAAAGAAGAAAUAAAAAAACAACUUGGGAGACGGUUUGAUAAUAUAGAACAUUCGGCAAUUCUUUCUAUCUCAACUACACUCGACCUUAGAUUUAAGUUUAUGCAUUUCAAAAAUUCCAUGGCCAAAGGAAAAGUAAUAAAUUGCUUAAAUAAGUAUGUGCGAGAAUUCAAUACAUCAAGCUCAUCUACAACAUCCAAUAAUGAUACAUCUGAUGAUGACGAAGAUAAUUCAGAAUUUGAUAUCUGGAAAUACCACAAACAAUUAACACACAAAAAUAUGAAAAAUAAAUCAUCUUCCACAGCUGUAACAGACACUAUCAGUGAAACGGAAGUACAGAUGUACCUGUCAUCUCCAGUUACACCAAUAAAAAGUGACGCUAUUGAGAUUUGGGAGGAUAUGAAAUCUCUGUUUCCUAAACUUUCAAAGAUUGCAAUGCUAUAUCUCCCCAUAGUUGCAACCUCUGUGCCAAGCAAGCGUUUGUUUUCGGAAGCAGGAGCAACCAUUACUCAGGACAGAAAUAGGCUUCUAGGGACCAGAUUAUCAAAGCUUCUUUUCCUUAACUAUAUUACAAAAUUAUUAGAUUGUAAUUGAAAUAAAUAAUAUUUUUUCAUUAAAUCCGAAAUAUUUAAUGUAUAUUGAUUUUUAAAAUUAAAUAAUGGCCAAAUUAAAACAUCGGAAAAAACAUCGAUGUAUCGUUCACAUUAGCGAUGUUUUUUAACAUCGAUGUUUAUCAUACAAACAUCGAUAUUUUCAAACAUCGAUGUUUUUAUGAGCGAUGUUGCAUCCCUAAUUGCUUGCCAUACCAAGAACUUUCAGGGAAAUUUUGUCUGCUUUUGGGUCCUAAACUUUUCUUCAACAUUCCCUCGAGCAUCAGCAACA